AUUACCCAUCAGGGUCUCAUAAUCAGCCUCAAAUGCUGAGGUGAUUCUGACAAGCCGUCCCUAAUCCUAUCGGAAGUCGGGACUACACUGCCCCAUAAUGAAUCGGACAUUAGGACGAUUAAUCUAAUCUCCUUGGUUUGAUAGCAGGUGCCCACGUAAGCCAUAAGCGAUGGAUGUCUAAGCCAUGCUCCGGGAUAAGGCUGCCAUAUUUCUGGUUUCAAAUACUUGCGGAGUAUUACCAAUCAUGGCUCGCAUGCGAGUCACACAGUCACAGUUCGCUCAGUGAGGACCCUAUGGAAAGCCCGCUUUCCAGUCGAGUUUCAGAAGAGCGUCCAUGGCAACAACAAAGACAUGUGUACCUCUUGGCUGGUACGCUGCAGCAUUUGCGAUGUUCCUCGCUUGGGCGGCCAAGAUGUCGGACCCUCCGUUUGAUGGCGGUGUUGCUGGAAGCGGAAAUACACCCAACCCUUUCAAUGCAGUAAAGCCUCGCAAGUUCGAAUAGGCUACCUUCAUACACCCGAUGUACCACGUUCUCCAGAUUUAUGGUUAUCAUCUAUCAGGCAGGCGAAUUACCCCGGUGCACUGCCCUAUGGCUGAAUCAUCUACCAUGUGGAGGAGCUGCACUGCAUUAAGUGGGUAUCUAAUUGUUAACAACUACGACGUUAUAAUUUAAUGAGAUAUGUGAUACCUACCUUAACCCCAAAGACUGACAUGAUCAUAAUCGCAUACUUGCAAGCAAUGAGUCAAGUAUUGCCUAAGUAGGUAUCUGUCCUUAUCAAGCAUGAAUUACCAAUGAUUAGCAACCACGUUAAUUCAAAAUUGUCAAAUAGCCAGCCGUGGUACUCCGUAACGCCAACUCCGAGGCGAUUCCUCGAGUUUCCUGGGGGUGCACGUUGAAUACGGUCCGAACUAAGUAACAGCCAUCCAUAGUGACGUCAAC